AUGAACAGACAGCCCACAAGGGAAGAGAUCCAGCGCUAUGUCCAGCGCUGGCAUCAGCUCAAGCAACAGUACGGGGACCAGGUUCAAAAUGUCCCAGAGUACAACCAAUUGCUGAAGGUGAUACGGUUUUUCCAGCUCCAGGCUGCCCAGAGACAGCAACAGCAGCAGCAACAGCAACAACAAAAUGGCGUAAAACCGAACCUGGCUCAAUUGCAACAAGGCCAACUGCCUCAACAGAGCCAGUUCAAUGCCAUGGGUAAUGUACCAGGCAACAUGGCCGGUGGGAACGCUAGCAACGUGAACCAGAUAAAUAUGAACCAAAUGGGAGGCAUGGCAAACGGAAACCCAAUGGCUCAAAAUAUCAACAACCAGCCAUAUAUGCAGAUGCAAGGCAUGGCGCCAGGGUCCCAUGCUUCUACGAAUGCCAUGAACACACCUGCAGUAGGAAACGCUAACGUUCUCCCAGCAGGAGGGCAGAUGCCCAUGAUGAGUGGUCCCAACUCACACUCACCGAUAAGUCAGUCUCCUCAUGCCCUCAUGGCCAACACCCCGUCGGUGGGUCAGCCUCAGGGCAUGGACACCGGUCUCCAAGGAGGCAUUCCUCCAGGUAUGCAUGGUGGCCCAGCAAUGGGUCAGAUGCAAACAGUGCUGUUGGUAACUCUCUAG